AUAAAUUUAUUUUGAAUAAUGAAGCACAAUAAAAGCAAAUACUUAUGACUUUUCCAGGUUUGUGAGAAUCUUCACAGAAGACUUUUUAAAAUCCACAUCAUUCUCUGGCCCUACUCCUAACUAGACCCCUUAGAAUCACUGCAUAUUGAGAGCUUUACAAAGGAGAAUGUGUUUUCCACAAGUAAACAGUGAAGAAAACACAAAAUAGAAAAAGUGAAAACAAAUGGGUUAAAGCGCUUUUUAUUGGUUAAUGACAAUUUCAUUUGUUUAUAAUUUCACUCUAAUUGUUUGCAUGUAUAUUCUUUAAACCACUGUUUCCUAAAACUGUCUGAUGAGAAAGUUACCUAAAUAUUUGUUAAAAACACACAAUCCUAACAUGAAAAAUUAUACUACCAACAAUCUGUACUUCUAAUCAAUUCCACUGAAAUUCAGAAUAAUUUGGCAAUUUUAGCAAACUAUCUUGGUCUCAUCUUAGUUUUAAUAAAACAGAAUUUCCAGAGCAAAGGCAAUGUGACUGGUAUUAAAGUAAUCAAUUUGUAUUAAAAAAGAAAGAAUACACCAUUAUAAUGAAUGAAUAUAUUUAUUCAGGUCACUGCUUUUUAAACUAUUUUCUAAGUAUAUAUUGAUGAAUUAUUGUUAAAUUGAUAUUCUUUAAUAGAAACUACAAUUACUGACAUUAAAUAUAAAACAAAUAUUUUCAUUAGAAUCAUGCAAAAUCUAAACAAAUUUUUGAAAAUACCACCCAAAAUAUUUUUUUCUGUAUAUGACAAGACACACAUCAGAUCAUAAGCAACAAGAAAACAAAAAAGAUAUGAAAAAGAUAUAAAGACCUCCCCCUCACCACAUUUGGAUUCAUCAUAUCUAUUAUGAUUGUACCAUUAAUCACAAAGGGUAAGGUGAUAUUUCUGUUAGGAGGAGGCAGUGUGCCCUAAAAAGCAUUGACAAUCUCAUUGUCAUAUACCCAAGAAAGAACCCUGAACCUGGAAGGGGAAAAAAGCCUUAAACGUGUGUGACAGGAACUCCUAUGCACUCUGUCCUUGUUUUCUUUCAUCUCGACUUUCAGUUGGCUUGUUACUCUGACACAAAGAUGGAGUCCGGUACACAGGCAGGAAAAUCUCUCUAGAAAAUGCCACCUGAUUAUGAAUGAAUUAUCUCUUAUAAUUCUAAUUAUACAGUUACACAUUUCUCUGCAUUUUCUCUUUACAGCAGUUUUUAAAAUGUGUUUUGACCUUGUUUUUGUUAUUAUUUGGGAUAUUAAGUAAAGACACGUUUCAUGAGCCAAAACUAACAGUACAGCAACAUUCCACUCCUUGAAGCCAGCAUUAUUAAAGCAUCAGAAAUUAACAAAACCUCCAAUCUUAGGAAACAAGAUUCAGAACUACCAGGAUUAGGUGAAUCUCCCACAAGAAAAGUAUCUGUGCAUUGCUUAAUCUGGGGGUUUAACAUUUAACUUUUUUAAAAAAGAGGCAAAGAUUUAUAACUCCCUAGUGCCUACAAUGGUGUCCAAUACUCAGUAAAUAAUAAGUAUCUAUUGAAAGAAUGCCAUAGAACAGAUCAGACUGAGAUAAUGAGAGAAUGUAAGAGAAAUACACCACAAGAGAUCAAAGCACUGAUCUUGUGGAAGACAAAAAUCAGACAUAAAAGUAAAAAGAAAAUGCAAACAAGGAUAAGAGAAAACCAUUAAAAGCAUAGGAAAGCCAGUGAAAGAAUACUACAGAGGUCAUAAAAGGAUAGUUAAGAAUUCUGCCAUAACAAGUGAGUUAUAAAAAUAUUUACUUUUACCUGCCUUACGUGGUUGAAAAUCAUAUUUCACACAAUGUUGAAAACAUUUUCCUUUGGACUUCAAUGAUGUGACUAUAAAACAGUUGCCAACAAAAUAAGCAGAGUAACCAACUCCUUUGCUAGCAUGAAAACUGUAAAGACAACUGAGAAUAGUAUAUCCUCUGAUAAAAAGAACUAAACACCUAAUGGCUGUUAAACAUUCCUAUAAAAAUAAAAGUUAUGUCCCUGUAUGGUAGAAGGAGUUUAAUAUGUGUCAAAUAAAAACUAAACAAAAAUAUAAAAGGUUUGGUUAUAAGUAAAUAUAAGAAAUUUAAACUAGGAAAUAAAAGACUAUGGAAGCUUUCAGUAUUUCAAUCUAAAAUCCCAGAAAUACAUAAAAACAAAUUAAUUGCCAACAAAAGCCUACCACCAAGUAGACUUUAUCUACUUUUAAGGACCAUUUGCAAUCAGCAAAUACAGAACACAUUUAUACAAAGUUCACAUUUUAAAUAACAACCUGCUCUCUAAUUCCGGUGUACCUUUGAAAAUAGCAUACAAAUUAAAAAGAAAAAGGAAAAAAAAACUUGUUCAUAGUCAAGUUUGAUAAAUAAUGCAGUUGAUCGAGCAAAGCAGUACAUUUUUAGUUUAAAAAAUUAAAAAUAUGUAACUACGAAAUAUAGUUGUUUUCUUCUACAGGAGCAUUCCCCUUAGCUGUAAAUUUAAUCAUGAGGUAGAAAAAUGUGUAGUCAUUGAAAAAUGAAGGUACCACUGAAAUUAAUGUAUAAUCUCCCAAAAUGACCACUUUGAAGUUCAACCCCAUUUAUGUUUGGAAGUUCAGAUGCUUAUUUAAAACUUGCUCUCAUAUUAUCCAUAUAUCAUAUUUUAUAAUAGAGCUUAAAAGAUAGUAAUAGCUCACAUAUUUCUGUGCUCACAUUUCUGACCCAGCCAUUACAAAAGGGCUUUAAAUAUGAUUCUCUCAUUAAAUCCUAUGGGAGAGGCACUAUUCCUAUCCUCAUUUUAUAGUUGAAGACACCAAAAGUACAAGGUGAAUAGUAGGUGGUGAAGCCAGAACUUGAACACAGGCAGUCUUAUUUCAGAGUAUUGCAAGUAUUAAAUAAGUUCAUGUAUAUAAACACUUACAAUGCCUAGCAUAUACAACGGCAAUCAAUGAAUGUUUGAUGUUCUUACUGGUAAGUAUGCUGUACUGUGCAUUACUGGCAUACUAAAAUUACCGAGGUUUCAAUCCUUACAGAUCAACACAUCGUUAAGUUGAUCAACUAAUUCUAGUGGUUUUCAGUAGUAAUCCAUUUGGUUAAAGGAGAUUGAAUAUUUAAAGCCAAAAAUGACUGAGCUAGAGAAAGUUAAUGGAAUCAAUAUUGAAGAAAUGCAAGCAUUAAGAGAUAAUGUUCAUAAUGCUAACAACAUUGAAACCAAGAAAGGCAAAGCAUGACAUUUAUUACUCAGAAACAUAACCACUGAUAUUUAUAACCAAAAAGGAUUCAGAUCCAUUCAUAAGCAGAAAAGGAAUAAUAUAGGACUCCCUUGAAAAUAGCAAUCAAAUAAAAUGUAGCCAUUCUAAGGAAUAAAUGAGAAAGUAGCUGAUUAUUUCACCUGACUUCAAGAAACAUCUGAAUGGAUUUAUUUAUUUUCCUAGACUUUAUCCAAAUUCUACAUAAAAGAUAAUUACCCAUUAUGACUUUAAAAUUAAUCUGUUCCCCAAACAGAUCCUUCACAUUGCUGAUAAUGGCCUUUCUCAAAUACAACACGGACCUUCCAUGUCAAAAAUCUUCUGCAUUCAGAAUAAAAUUUCAAUUUCUUCAGGUUAUACAAGACUUCCCACAUGCUAUGGCUCCAACAAACCCUUUUGAUUUUAUCCUCCUCUAGUACCCAACCCCACAUUCCAAAGUACAUCUAAAUAUACCGGCUAUUCCACUUGUUCUUUUAUAGUUCCUCUUCCUAUACAUCACGUUGCUUCUAUCCAAAUCAUUCUUCCUUCCAACAAAAUCUCAAUUAUCCUUUAAUAGCAGACUAAUAUGUUCCUCAUCUGUGAAGCUUUUCUGGACUUCAACCUAGCUUGGUUUCUCUUUUCAAUUGUGUCCCCAUAGUUUUGAGUACCUAAAUCUACAGUAUCAUUUAUAAAACAAGCUGUAUUUGCAUGUCUAGCCAUCAGAGUUCUUCAAGAGUAAGGAAUGUAAUCUACUCCAAACAUAAUGGCUGAAGAUACAGAAAAUACUCUGUAGAUGGCCAAUAAAUAAUCUCAAAGUAGUCAAAGAAUUCUAAGUGCUUGCCAUGAAAAAAAAUACACAUACACACGCACAUACACGUGCGUGCACACACACACUAUUUCAGAUGAGUUAAACCCUAUACUAACGUUUCAGAUUUUAGUGUGUAAGCAACUAGUUCAGGCAGUUUUAUUAUCAUACAAUAUAAAUAACAUUUUAUUAUCAAACAAUAUAAUUUUUCUUAUCAAUUUGCUAUAAAUGUUUAAUUUAGCCACUUUCUAGUGACACUUUUACUACAUUAUUAAAUAAAAAGUACCCCAUUGAACUUAACAUACUACAAUACAUUCAGAUGUGAACAGUUAGUAGUGUUUUGGUGGCUACUGGUUCUUCCUUAGUAUAAUAUUUAAAGUUUAAGUUCUCUGUUAAAAAGCAAGACAGAGGUAUUUUUCUGAUAUUUAUUCUCUUUUCUCAUAUCCUUCCAUCAUCAAGCUCUUUUGAAGGGAAAUACUAGAAAUUACAAAAAGUGAAAAAUUUUGUGUUAUUAAUAUUAUUACUGAGAAAAAGGAGAAUUAAGAAGCUUUAUAUAAUAGCAAUGUCAAAAUAUGAACUUCUAUGGUACAGUCACCCUCACUGUCACUUUUACAUUUCAGUGCUGAUGAAUUAUGUACCAGUAAACGACUAUGCAUGUAAUUUUGGCUCAUUCUCUAAACUGCACUCCGUAGAGUAGCAGGAAAUUUACAAAAAAAAAAAAAUUAAGAGCUUAAACUCAGAUAUAAGAAUUGAAGGAUCAUAUGAUGUUCUAUAAAACGUGUACACAUAAGUCUAUAUUAAUAAAUUCCUAUUAAGUAACUCUAGAAUUUAUAGAAAUGCUACUAUUAAUAUAUCUGUAUUAAAAAGAUAUUCUAAGAAAUAGAUGUCUGAAUCUCAUUUUUCACCAAGUUAGCCAUCAGUCCCCAAUACAGGGGUGCUAAGUCAUUAUAAAAAAAGAUAUAUGCCACCCUGAAGGUAAUUAGAUAUGAUUUUUAACAUAUUUUCUCAGAAAAUCAAAUUUUUGGAAAUAUUUAAAUUCAAAGCAUUCUUUCUGCAAUUUUGCAUUCUUUUAACCCAUUUUUCAUUCCAUUCUUUCUCAUUUAAUGUCUUGUUCCAUAAAUUUUAAAAAUAAAUGCAUAAGUCAAAAUGUUUAAGAGUAUUCUCUGGUAUCUGAACUACUUUGCAGGAUCAGAUAUAAUACUGUGGAGAGUAAUAUCAGAACUUUUAUAAUUAUGAAAAUGCUUUUAUGUCAGAAGAUACUUAAGCUGAAGAUUCAUGGCUUACAAAAAAUAAACAUUUCAAACUUUAAACUUAUUUUCUGGAAUGAUACUUGCUCUGGAAUAAUAUUCAAAACACUUUUCUGAAAUGCAUCUAGCCACACAGAAGAAUGAGCAUGCAAGGAGGUAAAGAAAGGGUUGGUGGUGAAACAAUUAUAGAUUUCAAAGCUAUUGUUUGAAAUAACCCAAACAAGCAAAACAUUAGUAUUUUUAUCUUGAAAUUCUUGGUGAAUUUUAUGUUCUAGCCCAUAAUAUAUUAGUUUAUUUUAACACAAAAGUUUCUUCCAAAAUGGACAUGUCCAAAAGAUACACCAUGCUGGCGACGGUGGUGGCGACGGUGGUGGCAACGGUGGUGGCGGCGGCGGCGGCAGCGGGUUCGGUUGCGCGUCACGCACGGGGUGGGAGCGGAGCCCAGGCCGGGAGCAGGCGCCGCUGCCAGCGACCAUGGGGAACGUGUUGGCCGCCAGGUCGCCGCCCGCAGGGCCGCCACCGCCGCCUACGCCGGCCCUCGUGGAGCUGCCGCCACCUCCGCCCUCGCCGCCGGGCUUCACGCUGCCGCCGCUGGGAGGCGGCCUGGGCGCCGGCACCAGUACGAGUCGAGGUUCGGAACUGACCCCCGGGGCUGCAACUGCCAGCGCCUCAGGGGCCGCCGAGGAUGGGGCCUGCGGCUGGCUGCCCAACCCGGGCACAUUCGGGGAGUGCCACCGGAAGUGCAAGGAGCUGUUUCCCAUUCAGAUGGAGGGUGUCAAGCUCAUAGUCAACAAAGGGUUGAGUAACCAUUUCCAGGUGAACCACACAGUAGCCCUCAGCACAAUCAGGGAGUCCAACUACCACUUCGGGGUCACGUAUGUGGGGACAAAGCAGCUGAGUCCCAUAGAGGCGUUCCUUGUAUUGGUGGGUGACAUGGACAACAGCGGCAGUCUCAACGCUCAGGUCAUUCACCAGCUGGGCCCCGGUCUCAGGUCCAAGAUGGCCAUCCAGACCCAGCAGUCGAAGUUUGUGAACUGGCAGGUGGACGGGGAGUAUCGGGGCUCUGACUCACAGCAGCCGUCACCCUGGGGAAACCCAGACGUCCUCGUGGGUUCAGGAAUCCUCGUAGCCCACUACCUCCAGAGCAUCACGCCUUGCCUGGCCCUGGGCGGAGAGCUGGUCUACCACCAGCAGCCUGGGGAGGAGAGCACUGUCAUGUCUCCAGCUGGGAAAUACACAUUGAACAACUGGUUGGCAACGGUAACGUUGGGCCAGGCGGGCAUGCACGCAACAUACUACCACAAAGCCAGUGACCAGCUGCAGGUGGGUGUGGAGUUUGAGGCCAACACAAGGAUGCAGGACACCAGCAUCUCCUUCGGGUACCAGCUGGACCUGCCCAAGGCCAAAGGCUCUGUGGAUAGCAACUGGAUCGUGUGUGCCACGUUGGAGAAGAAGCUCCCGCCCCUGCCCCUGACACUGGCCCCUGGGGCCUUCCUGAAUCACUUCCCCAUCCCUGGUCAGUCCACCUUGCCCCGUCCACUUUCCCAUCUCCUCGGUAUAAAUCAUGUUUAUAAGUCAUGGAAGAACCGGGACAUUUUACAGAAAAAAAACAAAAAGCAACAAAAAAUACACGUAGGGAAAAAAAAAAAAAGAUACACCAUGCUUAUCUAAGGCUUUUAGUACUUCCUGUCAUAGUUGCAUAUAUGCCAGAUUGAGGGGCACAGAACUAGGGGAAUUUGGUGAAAUGCUCAUUAUACAGAACUGUAAUACCUAUUGUGGCAUUUUAAUUAUGUAAAAGCUUAAUGAAA